UUGUUGCCGUGGCGGAAAUAAUAACUUGCAAUCCGACAAACUGGGAGUAUUUGUUAGUGGAGCUUCAGAGUGUGGAAUGUGAGGAGAUGCAGGUAGGUCAUCGAAAGCUUCUUGUCAGUUUGCCAUCGGUGAUUUGUCUAGAACACUUGGGUUUUUUUUUUGCUUUCCUCCUCCAACAUUUUGAUAAGUCGCAAGCUGUGCAUCCCACAACUUAUGAACAGUUGAGUUGUUGCAUAUCAUCUUCGGUCGAGAAAGUAAUUCUUUGAAUAAACCCAUCAGAUGAGAAAUGUUCGUAUUGAUGCAGCUGUUGAUACAGAACUAAUCCGGAAAUAUUCAUCUUUUUUGAAUUUCCAGGCAUAUUCUUGUCAGGAGCGUAAACAUAACGUUUUCAGACAUGGCGAAUAAUGGUCUUACCAUUCCCGAUGACGGAUAUGACUUUUCGAAGAAGAAAUUGAGUGUCAACCUGAGCCAUGUGUCUCUGACAAGUAUCCAAAAACCCAGUAGUGACAAGAAUCAAUCUGCCCUGGUAUCCGUCAAAAUGGGCCUUUGCAAUAUCUCGCCCUAUUCCAGAACAGGAAAACACCUCCAAAUCCUGAAGAUGGUUUUGUUUCCACUUCUUCCUGCUGCGGCAUUGUUGAUCUUUGUCAGUGUUGAACUGGACUCUACAUUGCGCGAACGGGGCGAAUUAGAGGCAUCCAGGAGAGAAAUAGCUCUCUCGAAGAGCGUUGGAGAACUGAUCCACAGCAUACAGGUCGAACGCUCGGAAGUCACCCUCUUUAUCGUAAAAUCCGAAAACAUGACGUCCACAGAAUCCAUUGUCUGGGAGGAACGUCUUCAAGACUGUUACAAUAGAACAGAUGAUGCCCUUGCCAACCUACUUGAAUGGCCUCUGAAAAAUUCAGGAGAGUCUUCUAUGUACGACUCGAAGGGGACGUUUCAGUUGUAUUUAGAUGAAGAAAGAGUCAUAUUAGCUUCCGUUGACAUUGCAGAGGAGAUACUUUUUUAUUCCAAUAUCAACAAGGUUUUGAUUGAUUGGUUCAUUGAUACAAUCCGAGAGAAUGUCCACGAAGGUCUUUGGAAUGAAAUCGUAUCGUAUCAAUUCUUGGUCCAAGCAAAAGAAAACGUAGGACUUCUUAUGGCCUACGGAGAAGAGGCGUUUUUGAAUCGAACACUCCGAACUGAGGACUUUUUAUCCUUCAUGAAAAACGAUAUCCUUCUCACCUACAAUCUCGAAUCAUCUUUUAAAUUUUCCGGCGGCUACGCCAAGGACUUCUACGAGACCGUCAUCGUAACUUCUGGGAUUGGAACUACUGUGCAAACCAUGAGGGAUGAAAUCGUACGAACUCUAAGUGCUAACUCUUCAGGUAUCAUUACCUUAUCAUCAACAGACUGGUUCGGGAACCUCAGCGGGUAUCUCAAUGGCCUCAAGAAGGUCGAGGAUAUCGUGAUUGAUCACAUUGACGACAUCAUCGAUUACAGCAUCAGUGUUAUCAUAGACGAAGUAAUCAUUGACGGUGUCCUAUUCGGAAUCAUUGCCCUCGUGGCGCCAAUCAUCAUAUUCUUUGCCAUCAGGACCACAUCGAAGAUCCAGGCCUAUGCCUUUGGACUAACCGUGAAGACCAAACAGCUUGCCAGUGAAAAGAAGAGAAGCGAUUCCCUGCUUUAUAGAAUGCUUCCAAGAACAGUGGCUCAACAGCUCAAACUCAACAUGACGGUCCCGGCUGAGAAUUAUGACAGUGUUACUAUCUAUUUCAGCGACAUCGUGGGUUUCACAAAGCUUUCAGCCAUCAGUAGCCCGAUGCAGGUAGUGACGUUUCUCAAUCUGCUCUACCAGUUCUUCGACUCAUGCAUCGAAAAAUACGACGUCUACAAGGUGGAGACGAUCGGGGAUGCUUACAUGGUGGUCAGCGGCGUCCCAAUACGAAACGGUGAUCGACAUGCCUUCGAGAUCGCCUCUCUUGCCCUCGACAUGAUCCAAGGGGUACAGACCUUCCGCAUACCCCAUCUCAAAUCGGAGAGGGUGCUCUUAAGGAUAGGUGCACACACGGGUCCUUGUGCUGCUGGCGUGGUGGGGUCUAAGAUGCCCCGAUACUGUUUAUUCGGAGACACGGUUAACACAGCCUCUCGGAUGGAGUCAAAUAGUUAUCCAAUGAAAAUCCACAUCAGUGACGAGUUUAAGUCAGUCCUGGAUACGAUCGGAGGCUUCAGGACAGAGCCCAGGGGCAUCAUUGAGGUCAAAGGGAAGGGUAACAUGUUUACGCAUUGGCUCCUUGGAAAGGACCCUCCUCAUGGCAACCACACACCUUGCCCUGAGGUAACUAUCGGUCACCAUGAUGACCCCGGUUCAAGAAACGUGUCAAAGGUCAACGGAAGUGACGUCACCAACCAUGGCUUCUAUCGUGACGAAGAAUGCUGAAGAGCCAGAACGAUACCGAUAGCUUGUGAAGCAGAUAGAGACGAUAGAGAGAAAUAGACUCAUACUUGUGACGAAAUAGCCCAGCGUAUGACGUCAUGAUACAGUGCCUAAAUACUGAAAUAUAUAUAGCUAUAUAUCUUGCCUAGAGUGUAAACUGUGAUAUGUAUUUCUAAAGUGACCCAUAACGAGAGCAGCUACAAUAUCGAUGAUCAUAAACGUAUGUUACAGCUCUUUCCGCUUAAUCUUGAUUUCCAACUUUAUAUACCCGCGAAUUAAUGUUAAUUUUGUGUUCUUGUCCAGAUUGUUGUUAUUUUUCAGAUGUUAGUGCCUGGUUUGUUGUGUGUUUGUACUAAAAUUCACGAACUUGAGUCAGUCUACUAUUUUAUCUUAGCAUGGGGGGUAAUUCGUCAUGUACGGUUAACAUUAAUGUAGAUGUACUUGAUCUGAUCAUAACAAACUAAAAUGUAUUUUCUUGAAAAAGAUCUUUGAAUUAUUUGCUCUGUAAUUAUUUUGUUUUGCUUUGUUAUUUGACAUUUUUAUCCAUUCUAAAGCAAGUUAGAUUGGGAAUAAUGGCCGAAUUGAAACUGGACCACAGGAUACGGGUCAUUAUGCUUAGUAGAUAUUUACCAGUUGUUGCAUGUGAUACAUUAUCUAUGUUCAGGCGGAAGCUUAUCGUGCUAAUGACAUUGCUAUAUAAUAACAAUGUUGCUAUUUUUUGUAAAAAAAAAGUAUACCAGUAUAAUGAACUGCCAUAUCAUUACGGAACGUAGGAAAGUUAUAGGGGAAUUACGACAGGGCAGGAUGUUGGGGUCCGUCAGGUGGAUAUAGGAUGGGAACGAGAAGACAAAUACAAAAACAAAGAAAAAAGGAAACGAAAUCUGUUGAGCAAUACAGAGUUUAGCUCAAUAUUUACGAUUUUUAUAACUGUUUCAUUGUGGGCCAGAGAUUAACAGUAACGUUUAAUCGAUAAAUUGGCUUAGAUUCACGGCCCAGUUCAUUAGGCUCGAGCCAUACACUUUUACAAAAACCACAAUGCACAGCGGUUGGCGCACAGAACAUGACUCCUCUACGCAUCCUUUUCGCCAGCCCGACGCAAUUUUGAAUGGAUAAUGUCAUAAAAAUAUGAUAAUGCAACAAUACAAAAAUCUAUCGUCAGAUUCUUGGCUAAUGUAAUGAUAACAAUUUGAAGGUCAGUAAAUCAAAAGUCUCAAUCGUGCGAAUCGCCCCCAACGGCAUACAAUGUUUAAUGAUGUGAUAUCAUCAUUGCAUAAUAAAAUGUAACGAGCUUUAGUACAGGAGAUAUCACUUCAAUUUGUUGUUACCAUCGUGAUGUACAAUUCAUCCAGCAGCCUACCUUUUCUGAAGGUGAGGGGGGGAGGGGUGAUAAGUUUUAGUGUCUUACAUUUUUUAAGUAUAGGCCUAAGUAAACUCAACGCCAUGUGAGCCAGUUUGUUAAAGCUAAUUUGUAAAUUCUAAAAUAUAACUACAGCAUUUUUAAUAUGUGAUAUGUAAUUGUCAUUAAUGUUAUCGUGUUAGGACAACAAGAAGGUAUUUCUUGAUAUGAAAACUUCUGUUUUAAAUGUAGGAAAUAACGAACAUAUUAAUCAGCACAAAAAAAAGAUAACCAAUGUUACAUCACUAAACAUUUCGUAACCAAAACUCCCUCCCACAGAAUUGCAAUGAUCUUCAAAUGGCAUCAUGGCUAUUAUACUUCCCAGGAAGUCUGAUUAGUCUCCUUGCCUACCAUCAUAACCCUUACACAAUGGACUAUCCAUUUUGGA